UAGCAAACGCGAACUUUCUCAGGUAAUGUUAGACCUUUUAGAGAUAAACCUGCAAAUUAUGAGGUUGUUCGUCUGUUUUUCUACUGCGUUUCUGCACAUUUUAGCUUUGGAGCAUGCAUCUAUUGAAAUAACCAGCGAUCCCUUCCCAGAUGAUGUUCUAACGCCGUAUAAGGAUUAUUACAAAACGAAAAGAACACACAGACAUGUUCGAGACUGCCAACCUAUUUUCCAUGGUAACAGAACUCACGAAACGCUCAAAGUUCCGAGCCACCUAAAACCGGGUCAAACCUUCGUCCAGGUGAAGAAUUUUUAUCACAGAUACACAAGACUUAACAAGGAAAGGGACGUUGUCGGUCACGUCGUUACUUUAGAGGAUCCUUUUCGGACAUUUUCGGUACUCGAACCGAAGGAAGUCGGGGGUUGUAGCACUUACAAACGAGCUACUGUUGCAGAAUCUGCCCAGCAGCGGAAAUGUUGGGUGGCUACAAAUGCAGGAUUUUUUAGAACUAAGGAUGGCAAGUGUUACGGGAAUGUUUUCAGUGAUGGAAGAAAAGUCCAGGAUUCUGGUGGGGUUCAAAAUGCAAAUUUCGGUAUUCGCAAAGAUGGUUCUAUCCUUGUGGGGUAUUUAUCCGAGGACAUGGUUGAUGACGAAGAAAAUCCCUUUGUACAGCUCGUAUCUGGGGUAAUCUGGAUACUAAGAAAUGGCAUGGUGUACAUAAGUGAAAGCAAGACCGCUGAAUGUCGCGAAACUGAGGAAACAGGCAGUAUGGACUUGUUUGCCGAUGUCGUGUCUGCAAGAACAGCGCUUGGACACGACAGAGAGGGAAGGGUUAUGAUAGUUCAGACUGACGGAAAAACACAUCACAGAGGGAUUGAUCUGUACAGCUUUGCCAGGCUUUUGUUGAAAUUUGGUCUGGUGAAUGCAAUAAACCUUGAUGGAGGAGGUUCAGCAACAAUGGUAGUGAAUAACACACUGGUAAACUACCCUUCAGAUGAGUGUGGCCACUUCACAUGCUCCAGAAAGGUAUCAACAGUUGUGUGUGCACACGAGCCUGACUGCAUACCUAAGGAUUGUAGUGGCCAUGGACAGUGUGUGAUGGGGGAGUGUCUUUGUGACAGUCAUUGGACUGGAGAUUCAUGCGAUGUAUUAAAAUGCAGACAACACAACUGCUCUUCAAAUGGAAAAUGCACUACUGAAGAUGGCUGUUCAUGUUUCCCUGGUUGGAAAGGAGAGAAUUGUAGUGAAGGCUGUCCAUCUGGAUUGUUUGGGUUGAACUGCAGUAGAGAAUGCCAAUGUCAAAAUGAUGGUACAUGCGACCCAAUAGAUGGUCACUGUACCUGUACCCCUGGAUGGACAGGAGCAUUCUGUCAGCAGCGCUGUUUUCAUGGUAGUUAUGGACAGAAUUGUUUGAAGAUUUGCAAGUGCCCUCAUACUUGUGAUUGUGAUCCUGUAACUGGAGAGUGCCCUUCUGAAAACAACCUUAGUAUGCUAAAUUCUACUCAGAGAUGGCUGCAUUGUGAAUUAGAUUCAAAGAUGAAGGGAACAUCACCAAAGGAAACUGUAGUACAAUCAAAUAAUGAAAAAGGUGCAAAAAUGGAAGAGGAAUUCAGUAAGUUCUUUUUGUGGUUUGUGGCAGUGAUCAGUGUAUGUGCAGUCAGCUUACUAGCCAACUUAUUUCUGAUAUAUCUGGCCUGUAAUCAAGCUACAAAGAAAGGCAUCCGUUUCAAGCGCAACAGAAAACAUGAGCGUCUGCAUUUAUUCAAUGAUGAUGAUGAUGAGGAUGAAGACUAUGCUUAGAUUGUUUUAAAUAAACCUUUUGUACAUGAGACAGGAUUUAAUUUGUAAAUUAUGUAAUUUUUGUGGAGUGAAUGGGUUGUACCAAAUAUCUUGAAAAACUAUCCUCUAUUUGGUGCAAAAAUAUUUGUCCGUGGACUUUAUCUGUUUCAAGAUGUGAACACCCUUCUAGGAGCAAAGCUUGCUUUAGUUAAGCAAGCAAAUUUAUAUGAUGGAUCAUAACUGUUAGAAAGAUUUGCAUUGACCGGAGAUUUUUAUUGUGCACUAUUUUUAUUGUUUUUUUCCCCGAGAGGUUAAAAAAAAAGAGGUUUCUAGACCAGAGAUAGUGAUAAAAAUUAAAAGUUAGUGGGGAGGAAAGGAAAGCCUCAUCUCCCCUCAAUGGUGUAAUCUGCCAUUUUGUUACCUGAUAUAUGCAUCUUCAAUCUUGCCAAUUCAAUGGCAACUGAAACAGUCUGUAAUAAUAAUUUUGCAGUCACUCAGUUGAAAUUAUGCUUGUAAUAAAUAAAAGAUAAAAGUUGAGUAGAGUAUAGAGACAUUAAGAAAGGAAAGAGAGAAAAUAAAAGUUGUAAGAUAAUAAUAAGUACACCUGUUUAAGAAUAUAUUUAUUUAAGAGUUAAAUGGCUGACGUUUCGAGCAUCAGCCCUUUAUCCUUUUCUCUGACAAAGGGCUAACGCUCAAAACAUCAGCCUUUUAACUCAUUACAGUGGCCUAUUUACAAUUUCAACUUAGUUGACAUAACCAAAUUACCUUGUUACCCCCACCGACACAGCACCACAGUUUCUUUAGAAACUUUCACCCUUUAUAUAUUUAUUUAAGAGUUGAGUCUACUGACACUGAAAACUCUCCAACUAAGAUACCAUGUUAGAGACAUUUUGUAGUCAUCUACACCUUUGUAAGUGUGUUUUUAUUUCAUUCUAAAAUUGAAUAGUUUUUUGGGAAACGAGUUUCCUCACUUAUUUCAAGUUCAAAGGGGAGAAAUUUAGAUUUUAAUUAAUUAAUUAUAAGUUUUAUUUUAUUGAUUGAAAUUAGUAACUCAAAAAUUAAAUAAAAUUAUCUGGUUAAGGGUACAUAGUAACAACAGAUUGACAUUAUCUUAGUUUGUAGAUUUGGAUUGAUUGUAAUACGUAAUGUAGAAAGUAAGGUUACUUGCAUUAAAUUAGCUUGAUAAUCAAGGAAUAAUUUUUACUCAAUUAAUGCCAUAGUGUAAAUUGCAACAAUCAGAGGAUGUAUAUAUAUAUAUUUUAUAUAAAAGUAGACAUUUUGAUUAUAUGAGUUUCAAGUUUGUAAUAAAUAAUGGUAAUUGAA